AUGGGAUCUCCGCUUCCGUUGAGAUUUCGGAUGUCACAGAUUACUCCCUACUAUGGAGCCGGUGAUUCGGCCAAACACAUUGAGUCCUUCAAGGCGUGGAGGGAAUUACACAGUGCUUCUAGUUCAGAUCCUGAAGUGGCCGACAAGAGAGACAAACAGAAGUACUACCACUUUCACUACGACCAUGGUCUCACUACUACCAACUGCUUCGAUCACAAAGAAGAGAUUAAGUCCCUCAUUCAGGGUGGACAUCUGAGGGAGUACGUCCAUAAGAGAAGGGAUGAGCAACCAGACAAGAGGGACGAUCAACAAGGCAACACAAAUGACAAUGAAGCGAUAGGCGAAAUUCUCACAAUAUUCGGAGGACCCGCAAGAGGUGGGGACUCGAACAGAGCUCGCAAGGCUCAUGCUUGGAGUAUCAGUGGCAGCAACAUAAAGCAUCGCAUUCAUCUCAUAAUUAAGGCCAGAACGGAGUAUAAAUCAAUUCCUUGUAGCUUGACCUUUACCGAGGAGGACACCCAAGGAAUCCACCACCCACAUGACAAUGCCUUGGUGGUGAUCAUGACAGUUAUUAACCACAAGGUGCACCAUAUAUUGGUGGAUACCGGCAGCUCGGCUGACAUCCUUUUUGCUGCCGCCGCCUUCGACAAGAUGGAGAUCGGGAGAUCCCGACUACGUCCCAUCUGA